AGCGGCCUAAGGGUUACCACUUCAACCGGACUCCACCGCCGCCGGGCAUUCGCGCAAGGGGGAGGACUGGGAGCUCCCUUGCUACCUCACCAGCUUCUUAACCAUCGUCAUCCUCGGCGUCGGGCUCAACGCCAAGCUCGAUCUCACCAUCGAGACAUGGGCGCACCAGAAGGAGAUAUUGGCUUCCGCUCCUUCCGAUUGAAACAAGAAAAGGGGAAAUCACGUAUCCUCGUGGGCUAUGAAAUCUUCCCUGUUUGUUAUUUUUUCGGUAAUUAA